CUAAAGCUCGAGAGAUAUUCAUGCCACGUUCGAAGGCUGCCCGUUCCCACAUUGUGACUGGCCGUGUGGACCGUGCCGCCCGCCAAGCACUGAGUCAUCCCGGCUGUGCCCCAAUCCAACGUUCGCGGCCCCGCUCCCGGCCCUGUGUAGUAGUUCGACUCUAAGUAGUAAUGCUGGGCACGUAAGCCACAUAGAUUUUACUCGCUGCAACAAGACCGUAGGGAAGCUUCCUCCAGCUAGGAACGAGCCCACCACGAUGGGCCAGACUUAUGGCCUUGUGGGUGGGCUUGUGAUGGUCAUCAUCGCGCUGGCCUCCAUUCCAAGCGAUGUGGAGGCUCGGGACUUCAAGCUAAAUGUCCAGAAGGGGCAGCAAACCUUGUGGCAGAAGUCGCCACCGCCCAAACACCGGACGAGCAGUCCCCCGCCCAAGCGGAGAGCGGUGGCGCCCCCGCCUCCCUCACCAGAGCCCCCAUCAGCCCCGUUGCCGGAUCCGGCCAACUCCCGCGAGAAGAACGGAGUGCGGCUGGUGCUGGGCGAUGGGCCGCGGGGCCGCCUGGAGCUUUCCUCCACUGAAGGAUGGCUGACAGACUAUGUUGACGGAGCCGUGGCAUGGCUGCCAGUGUGUCAGAUGAUUGGCUUUGACGACUCCAAGGCGCAGAUCAUGUGUGAGCUGCUGGGCUACACGUACGGCCGGCUGUACUACGACGAUGAGGUGGCGUGGCGGCCACCCAACGACACCGCUAGCUACACUGACCUGCCCAUUGAAAACCUGGACUGCUCGCCAAACUACCCAGAUGCGCCGCCGCCCAGCUCUGAGGGCGGGGACCAGACGGCCGGCGGCCACCGCCGCCGCCUGCUGGCGCCACUGCGAGCCGACAUCAACAUCCCCAAGAACGCGCCGUACACGUGCAGCUUCUACUCGUACGCCACCAAGCGGUGCGACUACUCCGGGCCGCUGGUGGGCGUGGAGUGCGGAGAUGAUGUGUUCCCCCCGGCGCCCCCGCCCCCGCCGCGCCCGCCCAGCCCGCCCAAUGCCCCCCCGGACCGCAACGUGGAUCUCAAGUUGUACGGCGUGGGUGUGGGCACUGUGGCCGACCUGGAGUCCAACCUGUGCGACAGCGAGGAGCAGGACGGGUGCCGCAGCUACGAGCGGGCGGAGGUGCUCAUCGCGGACCCUGCCAACCCAGGGUCGCAGAUCUGGGCGCCUAUCUGCUCCGUUGACAACAAUGAUGACCUGGCCAUAUUGGUGGGCGACACGCUCUGCAAGCAGGUCGUCAACUACCCGGACCCCGGCUACGUGUCCUACAGCGGCGAGGUGCAGCUGCCGCUACAGAUCCCGGAAGAGCCCGACGCAGCUGCGGAGGGCAACCUGUUCCGCCCCAGCAAGUAUACUCAGUGGGUCACAUUCACGGGCGGCGAGCCGGACGCCCGGUACCCCGCGCUGCAGCAGUUGGAGUACACGGUGGCGUCGGCAUGUGAGAGUGCCCAGCUCUUCGCCGUCUUCUGCUCCUACGCAGAUGAUUGAUGGUGGGGAUUCCGUGGAAGCACAUCCGCCUGAUCAGCUGCUCCUGUGGUCUCGGGUGAAGGUUUAGAAGCACUGCUUUGUAUUUGUGUGCGAACCCCCAGCAUUUGAGUUUCCACACCUUGAACUGGCCUCAGACGGUGAGACCUCGGGCGUUGUGCUUAGGGGUUGUGCUAGAUCAGGAGGUUUGAGGCAUGGUUGGUUUAGGUUAGGCAAGCAUCGGGCACGUGUGUACGACGUGUGUGUUGUGUGUGCACGCACGCAUGAUCCUGGAGUUACACACAUGGGCGACCCAACGACGGCCUGGAGGCCCGAUGUGUGUGUGUGUGUGUGGCCAGUGGGUCUUCCACCGGGUGUCGCGUCGCGCGGUGAGCCUGUGACUGACUUGCUCCGCGAUUACUACGGUAGUGCGGGCCAACGGACAGCGUUGCCGGCGCACAUGAGAGAUUAGAUGAAAGCAGAAAGUAUGGAUGUGCGUGCUGCGUGCAGUGUAAUCCAUGCCGGUGAGAUUGUGAGACGCAGCGCACGUGUGCGCGCGUGACUUUUAUGUGCAUGUACUCGUGUAUGCGCGUGUAAAGCCCGACCACC